GAGUGACGUCACCGCCCCGGCUACUGCGGCGGCUACCGGGUUGGAUCUGGCGGUUCGCGGCCGGCUGCCCCGGAGCGGCGGCGGCGCGGGCGGGUAGGGUUGUUUCUCGUCGCCGCCGCCGCCUUCUCCUCUCCCCCCCGCCAAAACCGCGUCGCCCGGCGCUCGGAGCCGCCGGUCGCGGGCGGGCGGGGCUGGUGCCGCCUCGCACAAAGCCGUAUUGCCCGGGCGUGGGGGUGGAGCUAUCGCUGGUAUCGCACCGGUCUCGCCGCGCUGGUACUGACACCGCCCUGCCGGGCGGGCGCGAUGUGAGGGGGGCGAUGGCCGCGGGGCAUGGCUGCCGGGCCGCGGUGGGGCGGGCGGCGGCGGGCGCUGAGCGCCGCCGGUGAAAAUGGAGCCGCAUCCGCCGGCGGCCGUGCCCGAGCCCCCGCUACCCCGGGGGCCGCCGCGGGACGGGCCGGGACCAGAGCCGGCACUGGGGCUGGAGCCGGGCCCUUGGGCACCUGAGGCCGUCGAACUCGCCCCGGGGCCACCGCCGUGGUCCCUGCUGGAGGGGGGGGGCUGCCCGGCCCUGGAGGGUCCCGCUGAGCCCCUGGUCCGACCGGAGGAGGAGCCGCGCCUUCGCUCUGUCUUCGACGCCUUGGACCGAGAUGGCGACGGCUUCGUGCGUGUGGAGGAGUUUGUCCAGUUCGCCACGGCCUACGGGGCCGAGCAGGUGAAGGACCUGACAAAGUACCUCGAUCCAAGUGGACUUGGAGUCAUCAGCUUCGAAGAUUUCCAUCGGGGGAUCAGAGCUAUCAAAAAUGGAGAUCCUGACAGCCAGUUGUAUGAUAUGGGAUAUACCCCUGAGGAGGAAGCUCCGGCCUGUCCUGAUGAGUUUGAUGACUUCGUCACGUUUGAGGCAAAUGAGGUGACUGACAGUGCUUACAUGGGCUCAGAGAGCACAUACAGUGAGUGUGAAACCUUUACGGAUGAAGACACCAGCACACUAGUACAUCACGAGAUGCAUGAUGAAGUAGAAACGGACAGUGCCAUUGACUCCACUGUGCACUCGGAGUUCACGGAUCCUAUUGAGGAGCCAGAGCAUGGAUCCCAUCCACAUGACCUGCCCCUGGGCUCAGAUCUCAGCCACUCCAUCGUUACAGUCAUUAGCGGAGAGGAGCAUUUUGAGGAUUAUGGAGAAGGGAAUGAAGCAGAUUUGUUCUCGGACAGCUUGUGUAAUGGGGAAAGCAGCUUUAAUAGUUCCUCGUUCCUCUCUCCCAGCACCAAUCCGCUCGCUGCGAAACUGCACAGCAUUAUUGCAGAUGAAGCGUUUGAGUUUUACUGUAGCCAGUGCCACAAACAAAUCAACCGUCUCGAGGAUCUUUCUGCUCGCCUGAAUGAUCUUGAAAUGAAUAGUCCAAAUAAAAGACUCUCAAGCAAGAAGGUGGCAAGACAGUUGCAUCAGACGAGUGCGUUGUCUGUGGGGGUGAUGGAGGGAUCUUACCGGGAUACACUGGAGUGUACAGAAGAGGACAUCACAGACAAGGUGGUCUUUCUGGAGAAGCGGGUGACAGAGCUGGAGAAGGACACGGCUGCUAAUGGCGAGCAGCACAGCCGCCUCAAGCAGGAAAACCUGCAGCUCGUGCACAGAGCAAAUGCUCUCGAGGAACAGCUGAAGGAGCAGGAGCUGAGAGCUGACCAAACACUCCUGGAGGAGAUCAAGAAGCAGAGGGAGCUGCUGAGCAAAAUGGAGAGGGAGAAGAGCAUUGAGAUUGAGAACCUGCAGGCCAGGCUGCAGCAACUGGAUGAUGAGAACAGCGAGCUGAGAUCCUGUGUCCCUUGUUUAAAAGCUAACAUUGAAAGACUAGAGGAGGAGAAGCAGAAGCUGCUGGAUGAGAUCGAAGACCUCACUGUGCAGCUCACAGAGGAGCAGGAGAAAAAGAGGAAGAUGUCAGACAAGCUGAGUCAGGAGAGGCACCAGUUUCAGAAGGAGAAGGAGUCAACACAGGAGCUCAUUGAGGACCUCAGGAAGCAGCUUGAGCACUUGCAACUCUUCAAACUGGAAGCUGAGCAGCGAAGAGGCAGAAGCAGCAGCAUGGGGCUCCAGGAGUACAACAGCAGGACACGAGAGACGGAGCUGGAGCAAGAGAUCAAGCAGCUCAAGCAGGAUAACAGGAACCUGAAGGAGCAGAACGAUGAACUGAAUGGGCAGAUCAUUAACUUGAGCAUCCAGGGAGCCAAGAACCUCUUCUCAGCCUCCUUCUCUGAAUCCCUGGCAGCAGAGAUAAACUCAGUCUCCAGAGAUGAGCUCAUGGAAGCAAUUCAGAAGCAAGAGGAGAUCAACUUCCGCCUGCAGGAUUACAUUGACAGGAUCAUCGUGGCCAUCAUGGAGACAAAUCCUUCCAUCCUGGAAGUAAAGUAAUGGCAGCCAAGAGCCACCGGCUGUGCGCUCAUUAUGGGGUGUGGAUUUGGUGCUCUGAGAGGAUAAAGAGGGACUCGAAAUGUCUUUGCUUUUGAUGACGGCACAAGGAAGCAUCUCGUCAGGUCAGUGGGUGAAUUAGCCAGCAGACCAGGGAAAAAGAAAACCAGCAGCAAGGCUUUGUUGUCUGACUCUGUUAUUUUGAAGCCCUUCUGUUUCUGAGGGGUGAAAGGGAACCUGGAGAAGAAACACAAGCAACAGACAGCUGGAGGAAGGACCUGUUUAGGCCCUGCUACCCAUGAAGCUGGGAACUGUCCUGACAGCAGCAUCAGACCCUCUGGUAUGCAGGGUGCAAACAGGAGCUGGAAGGAGAGGGUUUCUCUGAACUGUGCGAUAACAGGACAGAGAAGGAAGCGACGGAGCUGACGUUUUCCCUUGCUGCCCUGUCCAGCCCAAGUAUCUGCUUUGCCAAAUUGUCACCGACACACUCACUGGGGCAGAUCUGGGAAAGAGGGAAACAUCCCAGACUUGUAGAGGUGGUUGGUUUUUCUUUUCUUUUUUUAAUUAACUUAAUGCAAAUGUCCUCAUUCAGCCGGUGCAGUUAAUCCUUGCCCAGCCGCCUCUGCUUGGUAAGGGGUUGCGUGCAGAGAGCUAGCUGGCUCCUCUCACUCACUGGUGGCAGAAAGAGGCAGGGGAGCGGCUGUUUUCAGGACAGGGCGUAAGCACACUUUGUCACCUGCCUCCUUAUUUAUUUUUGCUGUCUGUGGCUCACUACCAUUGGCAUGCCUUGGCAUUCACAGCUCCGCUACCCUCCUCCCCACUCCUGGCUCUUCCACUGGGGUCUGUGGGUGUCUGUUGAGCCGGGCUGGCUCCGGGAGGAGAGGUCCUGUUGGCCCCAGCUGCAGACACACAGGUGCUGUCUGUCCAGCCUGCAGGGAAUGGGGGAAAGGCUGUGACUCUUCAACUUGCACUGGAGGCUGGUCCUGGCUGCCUCUCCCCCUCCCAGCCUGGCUCGCCUGGCCUGGCACAGGGGCAUGCAGUGGCUGAGUGUGGUUGGGUUCAGGUCUGGACCCCCAAUGGGAGCUCCAUCAGAGAGGGCUGAGCUCUUCAAAUUGCCUUCCAAGGUCCCUGGCUUGGGGACAGUGGCCUGUGCCAUUCCCACCCAAAGCAGGGCUCUGCUGGUGAUAGCUGAGAUCCUGGAGGGAUAGCCUGCUCCCACAGCCCUUCCCUGCUGAUUCCCUGUGCUGUGACAGGGGAUGGAUCUGCUGCUCUCAUUUCUUAGCCCCUGGCAUCAGCCUGGGCUGAAAUCUCUAUGCCAUUGGGGAGAGGAGACCAGAGAAUACCACAGCAGCUCCCUGGGAAACAAAAGCCAUGUUUACAUCAGACAGCUUUUGGCUUGCUGGCACAAGCGGCCGUGGUGUAGUAUGACCCCAGGGAGCAGCCAUUUUAACCGACCUGCUCCUGUCUGGCUCCUGUGAGGAGACAGCCAGUGGCCUCCCAAGGAUCUGGCUUCACUGAAUACGUCAGGCCCUAAAAUGCAGUUCUCCUUCCUGCUUGUCAGGUUUUAGAAAUGCCAGAGUGGUCUGAAAGCAGAAGCCACAGCAAUCCAUUGGCCACUGGUAGGGGGGUGCCUGCUCCUCCCCAAAACACUUCCACACACGUGGUACAUCUCUCUUCCCAUGCUGGGGCGGUGGCAGAGCAGCCAGCUCGCCGUUUGCCCUUGGAGGGUGCCGCUGGCUGGGAGCGGCGGCAGCUGCUGCAGCCUUAGCCCCUCCUGGGGUGUUCCCUGUGCCGCCAGCCUCGGGAAUCAGCUGAGACCCGGAGCCAGCCAAGCCACUGGCGCCAUGACCCUCCCUCUUCAAUGCAUUGCCUCUGGGUGCUCAACCCCCCGUGGCCUUGUGUGAGGUGCAGCGGGGUGGGGGCGAGCCCCCAAAAACUUUGGGCGAGGGGGGCACCCAUGCUCCCGAACACCCAGCUCUCCCCGGCAUCCACUCCCCUCCCUGUCCCAAGUCCGUGGGAAGAAGCCACGUAAAUGUACAUUUCCAGAGAAGCUUUGGGUGUAAAUCAGUGUAUACUUGGAGAGGGAAAAUUUUUUCUAUCUUGUAGAGUAGGUAUUUUUAUAGAAUGAAGGUUGAUCAUUUUUUUAAUACUUUAAAGAAGAGAGAAAUGUAUCUGUGUAUACACAAAAGCAUAUAUAUAUAUGUAUAAAUAUAAAUAUCGGAGAUCUGCCUUUCUCGACUUGGGAUCAUGGAUCCCCAGUUCAAACAAUUGUCUUUUUUUGUGUUGCUCACAAAGAGGUACUGUAACUGUAAAUAAGCACCGGGAAAAAGUUUUAAGCAAACAAAGCACUGACUUGCACAUUCACCAUGCUUUAAAGUCCCUAUGGAAAAAGAAAAGGAAAAAAAAAAAACCUAAAAGAAAAACUGUACUUCCCAAAACUGUUCCUCUUUCCCUACCGGUAUGUGAAGGAAGUCCCAAAAAGGAGGUAAAAACAGUAUUGUCUUAAAUGAUGUAUCAAUUCUUGUCAGAUUAAAAGCUGUUACUAUUCCUGCCCUGA